AUGGCGUCGUUGAUCAAGUUCGGAUUGCCGCCCAAGCUGGUGCUCAAGUUGCCCCCCAUGGACACCCCCGUCCCCGAGGCCCCGUUCACGUCGUCGUUGUUGCAGGACGUGUUCUACUGGUCGAUGAAGGCGCUGACUCCCAUCACCAUCGCCAUCAUCUACUUCACCUCGGUUCACUUGAUGAACUCGGUGGUGCGUCGCCGCCAGUUGGCAAAGUACAACGCCGAACACAAGACUAACUUGAAGUCGGCCGAGGGUAUCAAGAGAUUGCCCGCUGCUCCUUACGCCAUCGCCAACACUAAGGCGUUUAAAGUGUUUGUGUUUUUGCACAACCUUUUCCUCUGCGUGUACUCGGUGUGGACGUUCAUCGCCAUGACCGGCUACAUCGGCAAGAACAUGCAGCUUUUCAAGCAGGACAUCUUCCCCGAGUUCUUGACGAGAUUGUCGUUGUUUGAUGCCGCCGAGCCUACCGGCUUCAAGAAGGUGGACUCGUUCUGGCACACCAUCUGCGACGCCAAGAACGGCGUGUUUUCCAACGUGUUGAAAAACGACAACCGCAACAACUUGUUGUUCCUCGGGUGGUGGUUCUACUUGUCGAAGUUCUACGAAGUCAUCGACACCGCCAUCAUUUUGCUUAAGGGUCGCCCAUCGUCGUUGUUGCAGCUGUACCACCACUCGGGGGCGAUGAUGUGCAUGUGGCUGGGGGUGCGGUUCAUGGCCCCCGCCAUCUGGAUCUUUGUGGUGUUCAACUCGUUCAUCCAUUCCCUCAUGUACUUCUACUUCACCUUGUCGUGUCUCAAGAUUAGAGUGCCGAUGUUCUUCAAGCGCAUUUUGACCUCGUUGCAAAUCACUCAGUUUGUUGUCGGUGGCUCGUUGGCCGUGAUUAAUGCCGGUGUCCGUAUCGCCGACACCACCGCCAAGAACGUCGACUUUGUCAACUGUUUCCAGACCCCUGACCAGGCGUUGUCCUUAUUUAUUAACGUGGGCUACUUGGCUCCGUUGACGGCGUUGUUCGGCGCUUUCUACGUGGAAUCCUACUUGAAGAAGCAGAAGAAAGCCUAG